UAUGGCUCUUGUUUAUUGCGCAUUAAGACAAUUUGCUUCAGCUUAUCAUUUUGCGGCUGCUGCCUAUGCGGUUAAUUCAAAUAAUGCAAGUAUUCUAUGCGUUAUGUCUCUUAUUUUAACUGAACUACAAGAUUUUCGAAAUGCAUAUGCUGCAUAUAAAAAAGCUAUAAAACUAGAACCAAAAUUAUGGAUAGCUCGCUACAAUUUGGCUAUUUUAGAAUCUCGUCGGGCAAAUUAUAAAGAAGCUGUUAGUAUUUUAAGAGAAUUGGAGAAUGAGGGAGUAAAUUAUGGAGAAAAUAAAAAUCGUUUAAAUUCUGAGGAACUUAAGCAGUUAAUUGAAAAAGUUCGGAAAAGAUUUGAAGCUAUUGCGGCAAUUGAGGGAAGAGCCGUGCCAGAAAUAAAGGAGGAAGAGAAAUGA